AUGUCGCAUGAAAUGGCACCGUGGGUACCCAUGUUUAUUCAGUCAUGUAAAAACAACACUGAGCCAUUCGUACCAUUCCAAUUCGCUACUGUGGAUAAGUUGACCAACAAGCCACGCUGUAGAACGGUAGUGUUCAGAGACUUUCUGUUCCACGAUAAGAAAACUAACGUUUUGACCUUUAACACUGAUAUGAGGAGUUCUAAGAUAACGGAAUCAUUCAUAGAACCAAGCUCGAGUAAUUCUGGUGGUGACAACCAAAGAUGCGAGACUCCAUUUUUUGAAGUGUGUGUCUAUUUCCCAGAAACUUGGGAACAAUAUCGGUUUAGUGGUCAAAGCUUUAUAUUAUCUAGGCAGUUCAAAGAAAUACCGGAUGAAAUCAUUUCCAAAUAUGAAAUUUUUUCACCGCGGCUUUCAGAAGCAAGUGACAAUAGUACUGAUGAAGACAUAGAUAAUUCAAUUAACGACCACAACGAUAAAAAUAAUGACGCCGACGAUCAUAACAUUAACAACGAUAACACACUCAUAAAAACAACAGACGACGACGACGACGACAAACAUCACGAGGAUGAGGAUUCUCAACCACAACCACAGGAAUGGGAUGCAGAACUACUAAGACAAUGGUCUUCUCUAUCCAGACAUACAAAAUCAUUAUAUAGAAAGCCAGCGCCGGGCCAAAAGCUUACCUCUGAAACCAGCAAACAGUUAGACAAGCUUCAUAGAGGAGUUGAUGGCGCUAAAGAAGAUGUGGGUUUGGAAAAUUUUGGUAUCGUUUGUCUUUGUAUUGACUCUGUUGAUUAUUUGAAUUUGAAGGAGGGAAGAGGUGGCGAAAGAUGGAUUUUCCAGAAAACUGACGGUAAAGACGAAGAGGAUCUGUGGGAGGAACAAGAAGUGUGUCCAUGA